CCCGCCCAGGUCCCCCCGGAUAUACCACCAUUCAGCUGCGGACGGACCGUCGUCCAAUGGUAAAAGACUGCCCUACAUUGAGGACUCACACGUGCUCGUAGAGCCCGGCGCCACUUGACUACCGUAAUUAACAUUCUCGCUAUCUUUCUUCUUUGCACAUUUUUCAGACGCCGAACUUCACGAGGUCACGACAUCCGGUCGGACCUACUGCCCAUGCCCACGCGGGUUUGUCUGGGUUUGUCUAGGUGCACGUGUCCAAUAUCAUUCAGCAUAAGGCUAUAGCGCACGACAUGAAGGACGACAUGGAAAGACGACACGAGGACGAACGAAACCAUGUCGGAGUGCAUCGUAGAAAUCAACCCUAUCUGAACCAGUCGCUCGAGACGGUCAACCCGGAGGAUGGUUUGGUGGUGGCGGUGGACGGCUCGCGGGUAACCAUCUAUAACUACGAGUGGGUCGAGUGCAUCAACGCGCUCAACGGUUGCCCCGAUAUACCGAUUGCCCUGCAGGAAAUGGCAAACAACCUCAGCUGUCAGGACCUUGACGCGUACGCGAACCUAAUCGGCAUGAACGAGUUCUGCAAGACGCGAUGGGCAGGCAACCAGAACCAGCUGGUGACGUCAAAUCACCAACUCGAGCGCCCUCCAGCUCGCUCGAAUAUUCAAUGGAACCACCAUCUACUGCAUCGUAGUGGACGGAACGUUCGGGGUCUUCUUUCGCCGCGAUUUCGGCUUCACCUCAACCGCCUCUGUCGCCUUCAUCGGUAUCCUAUUGUUCCAAAUCAUUAAAUAUUUGACCAACAUCACCGAAAACAUCAGCCAGCAGAAACGCUGAAAAAACUUCAUCAACCGAAUCUACUUCGCCUUCACGACGUGCGUGCUCUGCUCGAACAUCUCCAUCGUGCUAGAACAAAAGAUCCUCUCGUACGUACUGGUUAGCCCUUCCUGUUGGCCAUCUACAACGUCAAAAAAGCAACCACGAUUUUUGCCUUGCGCUGGUCCGCCCUUUCCAAAACUACUCGCGCUAGCGUUGCUCGGAAUAGCGCUGGUUCGCAUCUGCAGUGGGCACUUCCGGUGUCACGAGGAGCAGGGCAACUGCACCGACUGCCUGGUGAACGUCCCGGAAGGCGACCGGAUUGGG